CCUAGGGCUCGGGAAGUGGCCUUGAAAAGCGUCUAGCCUCACAGACCUCCUCAAAGAGCCCCUUCUCCUCCGCCUCUGUUACUUUCCCCUCCCCUCCCCUCCCUAGCCCCACAAUUUUCAACCAAUCAGCUCCCUUUUGCUCUUCCGCACUAGCCAAUCGAAGAGCGGUGGAGCAGUCGGAGGGCCGUCCUGUUUGUACACGACUGAGGCGCUCUCGCUUCAUACUCUACCGCGCUGCACACGCGGGAUGGAAUGCUGGGAACCGUAGAAUUCUAAACCGUUGGGCCCCAGAACAAAACAAGGACGAAUCCCAGCCAUCGUUCUCGCGCGUAAUUUAAAUAUGCAAAUCAAGAAGAUGCUUUGCAGAAACUUUGAAAUGACUUUUGCGUUUGAAACUGGAGAAGGGAUGCGGCCUAGGGGAGGGCAUGGAGAGCUCAACCCUCCCAUUUCACCCGUGGCCACCUGAGAUCUUCCUCCCCUCCAGUUAUGGAGAGCCGUAAAACGCGGAUUCAUUAAGGGCAAUUUGCAAGUGAUAGAAGAAAAGCUGUACAAGAACGGGUUACGGUGGUUCAAAGAAAAACACACUUACUGUAAGGUUUCAUUUCCUGUGCAAACUCAGAAUGAGCAAAAACAAGCAAAUGUUGCAAAGCCUGAGCUACUCGAAAACAGGCUUUGUUUUUUGCAGGAUAUCAGUUCCUCUGUAAAUAAAUUAAAAUGAACUUUGCCAAACCUGAGCUGCUAGGUCUGCUCUUGAGUUUAUUGGAAGGUUCUUCUGCAAGAUAUAUAGAAAGAGGUGGCAGCUUUUAGAAUAAGAUUUAUAAGAGGUCAGCGGUGAGUUAAAAUACAUUAAAAUGCACAAGCAGAGCCAAGUCAGUGCCAAACCGAACCUGUCUUGAUGUUGAUCACAUUGAGCAUAAAUUUAGACGCAUCAGACAAUGCAAGUAUGAAGUGAUUUGCCCUUGUUCUGUUGGUUUUAGAUAUUGUAGUUUUGUAUACAGAGACAAGAGCCUAAAUUCAGGUAAUUUAGGUAAUCACAAAUAAUACUCUAAUGUGGGUGUCUGCUUCCUAGUCAUGCUAAUACUCUUUAAAAUUUUCCUUAAUAACCUGUUUGCUGAAGCCAAGUCUUAGCACUGCUGUGGGCUUACCUCCACCGCAACAUGCUCAAGGUCUGAUCUAAAGCACACCUUUCCUUCCCUAAGAGAACUAGCUGAGAAACUCCUGGAAGCCCUCACAAAUUCCUGUGCUGCCAUGUCAUUCAGUGCCACCAUUUUGUUCUCCCCUCCUAAUGCCAAAGAGGCAAAAUGCUGCUGUUGCACCUGCAAGCAGGAGCCAGGUGCUCAGACGACAACAACAACACCACCACCGCCGCCGUCCCCAUCAAGCACCCCAAUCACUGUUACAGGAACCGGGUUAGCAGUACAGUCCUCGGACCAGCUCCUCCACAUCAUCUACCAACGUGUCGAAAAGGCCGUUAGCCUUGCUGAGGUGGCGCUGAGCCUGGCCAAGGCCAACAAUGAAACCCUGAGGCGCCUGGAAGAGGAAGUGGGAGCACUGCGGCGAGGGGUAGCCCCUGCCCUCAAAACCAGCCCCCUGGGUGGUCCAAAGGAGCGGCAAGAAGAUAAUGAAGAGGAAGAUGAGGAGGAACAAGAGGCCGAAGGCUUCAGAAAUGGUGUCCAGGUGGUCAUUGAAGAGCUGAGGCAGCUGGGAGCAGCAGCAGGGCCACCUGGACACUUGGGUUUCUCGCCCAUGCAGCAGGGGCCUGGGGGGCUUGGCGGGGGAGCAGAAGAAUCCCCUGCAGUAGAUGUCUCCAUGCAGCGGGUCUAUGCCACACCUCCUUCUCCUGCCCCUCCGAUGCCUCAGCCUCUGGAUGAUCCUUCUCUCUCCUGCCCAGAGGUAUCUCCCAACAGCAUCACUCUGGAGGACAACAUGCGUGGGGAGCCACAUUUCUCUUUGGGCUUUGCAAGUCUUCCCUGUAGAAGCCGAAGCAUGGGACAGAAGAAUGCAAGGCGUAAGAGGGACCUGGUGCUCUCGAAACUGGUCCAUAAUGUCCACAACCACAUCACCAAUGAGAGGAGGUUUGAUGGCUCUGAGAGCAUUAAAUCUUCAUGGAAUAUCUCUGUAGUGAAAUUCUUGCUGGAAAAACUGAAGCAUGAAUUGGUAUCAAAUCACCACAAUUAUACUGACAAAGAAUUAAAAGGUGCCUGUGUGGCCUAUUUUCUGACCAAACGACGUGAGUAUCGCAACUCUCUCAACCCCUUCAAAGGACUCAAGGAGAAAGAGGAAAAGAAACUUCGCAGCAGACGCUAUCGGCUUUUUGCAAACCGUUCAGGGGUGGCACGUCUGCUAGGCCCUGAAGAGCAACGUUUGUGGCAAGGUGUAACUGAGGAGCUCAUGUCCGAUGAGGAAGACAGCCUAAGUGAGCCAGGUGUGUGGGUGGCACGUCCCCCACGAUUCCGUGCUACUCCCCUCACUCAGCUCUGUUACCGUCUUGAUGCUAACUCAAAGCAUGGCACCAAAGCUAAUCGGAUUUAUGGGCCACCCUCAGAUCGCCUGCCCUCUGCUGAAGCUCAGCUUCUGCCCUUGCACCUCUACAAUCCCCAUUUUCAAGAGGAAGAAGCCAGGGCUGGCACACCACCUCGGCCACCCAGCCACAAAGGCUUUUGUCCUGACCUCAGCUCUUUUGUUGAGAUCAAAGUGGAAAAGGAUGAGUGAUGGCUGAUUCUUAUUUAAUAUGGCGACCAAAAUAAUGAAAAGAAAGAAUACAGGACAGCUGAACUCAAAUGGCUUCCUGAAGAUGAGGAGGGAAGACAAAUUGUCUGCUGUGGCUCACACUGCUUUUGUGGGCUAAGACAUAUCUUUCACUCCAUAAUAAGCCAUGACUUUAAGGUCAUGAUGGAGAAGAAAUGGUGAUAAGGAUGGACAUCUCUGAAAAAAAGGACCGUUCACAGUUAAUAUGGCUAUUUGGUCAGUGCUCAACAGGUUGACAGUGUGAACGUGAAGACUACAAUAUUACAAAAGGGAUUGUCUCUUUUCUGAUACUUUAAUAAAGGCACACUUGAAACAAAAGUAGGAAUUGCCUUAAAAAUUGACUACAUUGAGGAUUGAUUGGAUAAGAGACUUGGAAAACCUUUUCCACUCUAAAAGUACUUUUACCUUUCAGAUCCUAGUAACAACAACAAAAAAAUCUGAGAAGGUUGCUGAAAUGAUGGGGAUUGCCUUUUUGCGUAGUGGCCCUGUUCUUUGAAAUACAGGAGUAGGGAGAACACUGACUCUUCGUUUACAGGAAUGCUUUUAAAUUAGUAACAUAAAAUGAUACUUGUAGAACCAAGUUGAUCAUCCUCACCAGUAUCUGUGUGAACAUUAGGCAGGUGGGAAAUGGUGUGUUCUCUAUUCCUUCAGGAGGGAAACAAAAGGAUGACCAGCUUGACUUUUAGGGCGCAGAGUGGUAAGCGGCGGUAACGCAGCCGAAGUUCUGCGCAUGGCCAGAGUUCGAUUCCAAUGGAAGGAGGAAGUCAAAUCUCCAGUAAAAGGGGUUGAGGUCCACUCAGCCUUCCAUCCAUCCGUGGUCGGUAAAAUGAGUACCCGGCAUAUGCUGGGGGGUAAAGAAAGGCCGGGGAAGGAACUGGCAAUCCCACCCCAUAUAUACGGUCUGCCGAGUAAACGUCGCAAGACGUCACCCUAAGAGUCGGAAACGACUCGCACUACAAGUGCAGGCACAACUUUACCUUUACCUUUUUUAAAUGAAGGGGCUGAAA